UGACCAUAUCAGCCUUGGCUCGUGAGAGGGAUAUCCUCGAUGAGGAGUGGAGGCGGCUGGAGGAAAUUCAGGAUGAUCGGGGCGAUCUCGCUGUGGUCCACGCUCAUGGUAUCCCAGCGGAACCCUCUGUCGGAACUGACAAUGUACCUCCCAUUGAAGGGGGAGCU